UCCGUGCCUCCUAGUCCAUGGCUGCGAAGGUCGUGCCACGAGACCAUCACAUCGACCUGUUGGAUGUGUUUGACGCGUCAGAUCUAAAGCUAGUGCCAGCACACGGCUACGCGGGUACUGCCGAUGACAGAGCAGCGGUGCUGAAGGAUGUGCCAGCCUCGGGCGAGGUGGCCAUGAACAGUGCACUAGCAUUGUUGGUCAUCAUACCCAGUGCGCCAGCUGAAAACUCUUGUCCUAACCUAUACUGGCCGGGCUCCGCAGCGACAAACUUGCGUCAUGACCUUAUUGAACGUGUUGUCUACCUGCUGUUGUGUUGGUCCUCAUUGGCUGGUCACAGUAACCAAGAUGAAAAUCCUUGUCCGAGUCAUCUCCUGCCGGACGAGACGACGAUGUCGUGAGGAUGUUUAUCCCUCAUGAAGGCGUUGUAGCGGGAUGAAGUCGAUUUAGUCAUAGGUGUUUAUUUUCAUACCAUGUAAUGGUUCGGUCAUAACUGCCAAAUUAUGAUGGUAAACAAUAUCAAAUCUAUAACUAUACAUCCAUCAUUGGUUAUACUUUCACAAUCCAUUUAUUCAAUAUUGUAACUGUUGAUAUCUUCUUUGAUAUAUUUGGUCAAACUUAAAAAAAAAUUGAACGGCUUUAUACUCCAUCUAUUUUAGGGCGGAGAGAGUAAUAAAAAUGACUGUGUGCACAAUUGAUGCCGAGGGUUUUAUCCGUCUUUUCGAAAAAAUUCUAAAAGCAUGCGUGAAAUGUGAACGUGUGAACCCACACUGUAUCCACCCUAGAAAAAACCGUGUUCAUAGUACUAGCACUGAAAGCCGUUGCCCCGGCGCAUCUCAGUUUCUAUAAAUAGAAACCGGGGCUGCACGGCAAUUGGCACCAGUCCACAUUGCCAAAGCAAUCAUCAGUGUAUCAGCGCGUAGGGCCAUUAACAAACUCGAGUGCAUCUUCACAUAUGGCCCCACCUGCGCAAUGCUUGGACACGGUCACCGGUGCAACCGGCCAGAAUGGCACCGUGCCAGUGAUAGGGCACACGCCGGAGAAGAAGAUGCAAAGCCCCAACCUGCUUGACGCCGACGAGUUCCGGCGCCAGGGUCACCAGGUAAUCGACUUCAUAGCCGAGUACUAUGGCGGCAUGGGUGACUACCCCGUGCACCCCAGCGUCACCCCCGGCUUCCUCCGCAACCGGCUUCCCUCGGAGGCGCCGUCCCGUCCGGAGCCGGACGCGUUCAGCUCCGCGCUCAAGGACGUCCGCGACAUCAUCCUCCCAGGCAUGACGCACUGGCAGAGCCCCCGCCACUUCGCGCACUUCCCGGCGUCGAGCAGCACCGUUGGCGCCCUCAGGGAGGCGCUCACCGCGGGCAUCAACGUGGUCCCCUUCACGUGGGCCGCUUCGCCGGCCGCCGCUGAGCUCGAGAUGGUGGUGGUGGAUUGGCUCGGCAAGGCACUGCACCUUCCGGAGAGCCUCCUCUUCGCCGGAGGCGGAGGGGGCACGAUUCUUGGCACCUCGUGCGAGGCCAUACUCUGCACUCUCGUCGCUGCAAGGGACCGGAAGCUCGCUGAGAUCGGCGAGAGCAGGAUCUGCGACCUCGUCGUCUACUGCUCGGACCAGACCCACUUCGCCUUCCGCAAGGCAGCACGCAUUGCCGGCAUCAAGCGUGACCACUGCCGCGCGAUACACACGUGCCACGGGGACAUGUUCGCGCUGUCGCCCACAGAACUGCAGGCCGCCAUGCAGGCCGACGUGGAUGCCGGGCUUGUGCCCCUGUUCUUGUGCGCCACGAUCGGGACGACCCAGACCACUGCCGUCGACCCCAUCGGCGAGCUCUGCGCCGUGACUGCGCCGCACGGAGUGUGGGUCCACGUGGACGCGGCAUACGCCGGCUCCGCGCUGGUCUGCCCGGAGUUCACCUACGUGAUAGACGGCGUGGAGGCCGUGGACUCGUUCAGCAUGAACGCCCACAAGUGGCUCCUCACCAACAACGACUGCUGCGCCAUGUGGGUGAAGAAGCCGAGCGCACUGGUGGCGGCGCUCGGGACCGAGCAGGAGUACAUCCUCAAGGACGCCGCGUCGGAGGGCCACGACGUGGUGGACUACAAGGACUGGAACAUGACGCUGACACGCCGGUUCCGCGCGCUCAAGAUGUGGCUCGUGCUCCGCUGCUACGGCAUCCAGGGCCUGCGCGACCACAUCCGCUCCCACGUGCGCAUGGCCGAGGCGUUCGAGGAAAUGGUGAGAGCUGACGAGAGGUUUGAGGUUGUGACUGACAGGACGUUCGCGCUGGUGUGCUUCCGGCUUCGCCCGCAGGACAAGUUCGGCGGUGAGAAGACGGCCAACGACCUCAACCGAGGCCUCCUGGAGGAGGUGAACGCGGUCACGUCCGGCCCCUACAUGAGCGCCGCAAACGUAGGCGGUAUGUUCAUGCUAAGGUGUGCCGUGGGGAGCACGCUCACGGAGGAGCACCAUGUCGACGAUGCAUGGAAGGUUGUGCAGGAUCGGGCCUCGGUGAUCCUUCGUAAGAUGGAGAUCAUCUACACCUCUAAGUAACCUACGAACUUGCAGAAGAUGAACUUUGGUUCAAGGCUCACCUCAAUAAUUAGGCGGGCCACCGAAUCAUGCAUGAGGAUUGUACUUCGCGAAUAGAGCUGCCCAUGUAUCUCGUGUAAUGUACUACUACUUGCUUUUGUUACGUCUGUAUUUGAAACUAUUGUCUACAUUUUUUACCCUUUUCACUAAAGGUUGCAUAAUAAUUGAGAUGUAAGGUGAUAUACACCUAUUUCGACGGUUAUAUACAUAAAGUGAUCAUAUAUUGUUUGUAUA